CCAGGGUCACCCAGCGGACGAGGGGGCGGAGCCGGGAUUAGAACCCAGGACCUUUCAAGUCCCAGGCCGGGGCUCUCCCCACCAGGGGGCCGUUGGGGUCCGGCUCGUCUCCGCGGGUCCGUCCAUUCAUCCGGUAGUAUGUAUGGAGCGCUUCCUGGGUGCAGAGCGCUGUCCUGAGCGCUUAAGCCUGCCCCCCCCCCCGACGGGCACGCGGCUUUAGCGGUUAGCGCCCGGGCCGGGGAGUCGGCGGACCCGGGUUCGAGCCGGGUCCCCGGGGCCGGUCGCUCCGCUCCCCUCGUCCGUCAGACGGGGAUGAAGAGCGCCUGCCGCCGGCCCUAAUGGUUCCGGGGUCCGCGCGGGGGUGGGCGCCAGCGCGGGUCCCGCAGGCUACGAUGCCGUCGCGGAGCGUGGCCUCGGCCGGGGGCUCCGGCAGCAAGGUGAAGUACUCGAGGCUGGCCAGCACCGACGACGGCUACAUCGACCUCCAGUUCAAGAAGAGCCCGCCGCGGGUGCCCUACAAGGCCAUCGCCCUGGCGGUGGUCCUCUUCGCCGUGGGCACGCUGCUCAUCGCCAUCGGCGCCCUCCUGCUCGCCGGAUACCUCAGCAAGGGCGGUGCGGACCGGGCGGUGCCCGUCCUGAUCAUCGGCAUCCUGGUCUUCCUGCCCGGCUUCUACCACCUGCGCAUCGCCUACUACGCCUCCCGGGGCUACCGGGGCUACUCCUACGACGACAUUCCCGAUUUUGACGACUAGGGCCCGGGGCGGAGCCCGCCCUCCCGGGGCGACGCCGGGUCGGGUCCCACGCGGGGCCCCGGGGU